CUUUCUCUUUCAACUGAGUAAGCAUUCCUAGCUACCAUAGUAGCAACAGCCACUCCAUUAAGUAGUAACCUUAGGACCAAGAUGGCACCAAUUUAGAUAAAAUCCAGGCUUACUUUCAACUACUGAUGAGGACAAUUCUGCGCCUGUUUCAGACUUAUGGGACUGAAUGAGCCUUGCUUUUAGACUGCUAUCAUACUCAUCCUUGCCAACCCACCAAAACUGGACACCAGUUUGGAAUCCAAAGAUUAUCAUCUGAUUCAUACCAAAGACAUCUGUUUUCUGUAAGAUUAUAUAUAGUCCUUCCAUUUUCUGCUUAACACAACAAAACUUCCUCUUCGGUGGAUCUUGGUAUAUGAAUAAAGGCAGGUGGAUUUAAUUUUAAUCCUUCUCACAUAAAAGUGAAAAAAUGGUUGUCUUAGGUUCCAAGUGGAUCGUGAAGGGGCAGCUAUCCCGCCUUUUUCCCUCUCUUACUCCUGAGCAAAGUCAGCUCCACCUUGAACAACAGCAACAACAGUAUGAGGUGAAAAAAAAUCUCUGGAGAGAUAACAAGAUCUUUCGGGAUGAGAAUAAAGCCCUCCGCAAGGAGAAUAAGUUCCUUUGGAUAGAAAACAAGGCUCUCCAAGGAGAAAAUAAAACCUUUCGAAUAGAAAACCAGGUACUUCGGGAGUCAAAUCAGUCCCUUAGACAGCAAAAUCAGAUGCUCUGGGAGGAUAAAAGAGUUGUUUGGGAACACACAAAGGCCCUCUACGAAAAAAGCAAUGCCUUGAGUAAGGAAAAAAAAGCUUUUUUGGAACAGAACAGAGCCCUUCAGGCACAGAUCAAGGCUCUCCAAGAGCAAGAGAGAGCCUUCCAAAAUGAGGAAAAAGCACUUCAAGAAGAGAUCAAGUCCCUCCACGAGGAGAUCAAGGCCCUCCAACAUCAGAAAAGUGCUCUGAACAUGGAGGAGCAGGCCUUGUGGAAGGAAGGCAAGGCCCUGCGAUUGGAAGAGCAGGCCCUGUGGAAGGAAGAGCAGGCUCUUCGGGAGGAAAAUAAAGCUCUCAGGGAGGAGAACAAUGCCCUACAGGAGGAAGAAAGAGCCCUUCGGGAGGAAGCCAACAUCCUUGAAGAAUGGAAUAAGAUCCUCAAAGGGGAUGGAGAGAAUACUACACCUACCUAUGAGAUUGUAGAAUAAAGACCUAGAACAGAAGUACAGUUUGCAGCUGUGUCUGCAUCCCUGAGAGAGGAAGAUCCAGGGCAUUCUACAAAAGAUGAAAAACUAACCAAAAAUAACAAGAACACAAAAAAGUCAAUGACAACAAAAAAAAGUAUGGAAAUCACCUGGACCAUUGAAACCAGUUAGAGUGGAAUGAUUAUGCUGGGCUUGGGGCCAAAGGCCUUAAAUUUUACCACUGUAAACUUAUUCAGUAGCUGGUCCUGGAAACAAUAUAGUGCUGAUAAAAAUUCAAUAGAGCAA